UAUAAAUAAGUCUCUGAAAACUUGUUAAUCUCAAAUAAUGUCCAAGGUUUCGAUCAUGGCUGGUUUCCAAGGCUAUAUCAUAUUUUUCCUGAUAUGGCUAGUCUCCACCAUUUUGGUCAGAGCAAUACUCGAUAAAAAACGAACCAAACCUCGUCUUCCACCGAGCCCAUUUGCCUUACCAAUCAUUGGACACCUCCAUCUCCUUGCCCCAAUACCUCACCAAGCUCUUCACAAGCUCUCAACCCGCUGUGGACCGUUGAUUCAUAUAUUCCUUGGUUCUGUCCCUUGUGCUGUUGCCUCUACACCUGAAACUGCGAAAGAGUUCCUCAAAACUCACGAAACUUCUCUCUGCGAUCGUCCUAAGUCAGCUGCUGUUGAUUUCCUAACAUAUGGAUCAACUGAUUUCUCAUUUGCCCCUUACGGACCUUAUUGGAAGUUCGUGAAGAAAAUUUGUAUGACUGAACUUCUUGGAGGUCGAAUGUUAGACCAGCUGCUUCCAGCUAGGCAUGAAGAGAUCGGGCAGUUUUUACAGUUCUUGCUAAAGAAAGCAAAUGCAAGAGAGUCAAUUAAUGUUGGAAGUCAACUUAAGAGGCUAACUGAUAAUGUUAUAUCGAGAAUGACAAUGAACCAAAGGUGUUCAGAUAAUGAUGAUGAAGCUGACGAGGUUAGGAAGUUGGUGCACGAUGUAGCUGAGCUUACAGGAAAGUUCAAUUUAUCAGAUUUUAUUUGGUUUUGCAAGAACUUGGAUCUGCAGGGAUUUGGAAAAAGGCUGAAGGAAGUCCACGAAAAGUUCGAUCCAAUGAUGGAAAGGAUCAUAAAGGAGCAUGAAGAGGUGAGGAAGAUAAAGAAAGAAACUGAUGAAGGAGAUUCAGGGAAGGAUUUACUUGAUAUUUUGCUUGAUAUAUCAGAAGAUGAUAGCUCAACUGACCAGAGAAGAAUCAAGGCAUUCAUCCUGGUAAAGUCUAUCAGACACAAAACUUUUAUGAUUCAAUACAAGUCCCUAGUUAAUUGGUUCAAACAAGCCUCGCUGCUUUAAUUCAGUGUUUUGAUUGGAAAGUUCAUGGUAUCAUAGACAUGGAAGAGGGACCUGGUAUAACACUUCCAAGGCUCAUCCAUUAAUUUGUGUCCCA